AAAACUAUUUCUCAUCUGAUUCUAGAGGGACUCCUUUAUUUACGAUUAUAUUAGCACGUAUUUUAUUCGCUACUCUCAAAAACACAUCAAAGUUUGGGUUUGAGGAUAUUUGUGUUUUUCUACUUCAAAGAUAUUAUAUAGAAAAGAAAGCAUAUAUCUGUGUGAGAACAUGGAACUACUUUGAUUGGAAUAAUACAUUAAAAGCAGUUCACGAAGUUGGUAUUCAUACUGCUUCUGAUGAUCUAACUCCCAAAUAUUAUCAUCAUAAAGUAGCCUGUGAAGAAAGAUUACCUCUUUCAAAAAUAUACAGUUCACAAAGAACUGGCGAGAUAUCCAAUGCAAAAUAUGAUAAUGUUGUUGUAUUCAUGAUUUUUGUAUGUAAAGAUCAAACUAAUUUACUGAAAGCAUUUGCACUAUAUUGGAAACUUUUAGCCCUGGAUAUACAAAUAGGCUUUAAUGAUUCGCAAUAUGUCUGGUCAUUUAUUGUGAAAAAAACUAAAAAAUUAGGGUCUCCAUAUUACUUAAGAGAGUAUAAUCUUGACAACAAAGUGGAUUUACCUAUUUAUCGCAUGAACAAAUAUUAUGAAAGGGCAUUAAAAGAAACCAUUGCUACAACGGCUGAGCAGAUACGUGAAACGAAAUUCACUAAAAAACGUCUUGCUCUAUUAAAGGAUAAAAAGGAAAAAUUAGAAAAGGAGAUGAGUAUAGCAGAAGCAAGUGGUGAGAAGAAUAUUUCCGAAAGUAUGAUGAGAAAUGUAUUUCAGAAAGAUAUCGAAGGAAAAGUACUAGGAGGAGAUAGUAAAAAUAUCUAUGAAGCUUUUCAUCUGAGAGUUAAGACUGUAAAGCAAGAACAGUCUAGUGUUUUCCGCAAAAUAGGAAAACAUAUUAUAGAAGAAUCUACGAGGGUAAACAAUACACAUACCUUGCAUCGGAUUGUAGAAAAUGUGCUCAAAGAGACUGUAAGAGAUAUUUUGCAGACAGAUCUUAAUGAAAUAAUAAAAACCGCUGCAAAUGCCAAACAGCUCAUAAAAAAGGACUCAGCACCUGAGCCUUAUCUUUAUGAAAUCUCAAAAUCAG